GCGUGGACUUCACUUUUGAUACCACCGUAAACACCCAAUCAGUAUUCGCAGUAGGCUACACAGGCUAUACAGGGAAAACUGGAUGGUAAAGGCAACAAAGAUUGUCCAGAAGGCGCAAUGGCAUUGGUCAACUGACUUCAAGCAAGCAGGAAGUAGCACCUAACUCACUGCAGGCAAAGAACAGGUCAAGAUCAAAGACAUGUCUCGUUUCAAUAACAGCAGUGACCCCUUGUACGGGGUCAUGCCCAACUGGGAAGACGCGGGUAACUGCCCGACGUCGGUCACGGGCACCACCCUCUUGAUCGUGGCGUACAGCGCGGUGCUGGCGGUCGGGCUGGUGGGCAACACGUGUCUGGUGCUGGUCAUCGGCAGGCAGAAGGAGAUGCGCAACGUCACCAACAUCUUCAUCGCCAACCUGUCCUUCUCCGACAUCCUGGUGUGCCUGCUGUGCGUGCCGGUGACCGUCAUCUACACGCUGAUGGACCGCUGGAUCAUGGGCGAGGCGCUGUGCAAGCUGACGCCCUUCGUGCAGUGCGUGUCCGUGACCGUGUCCAUCAUCUCCAUGGUGCUCAUCGCCCUGGAGCGCCACCAGCUCAUCAUCCACCCCACCGGCUGGAAGCCCGCGGUGGGCCACUCCUACCUGGCCGUGGCCCUCACCUGGAUGGUGUCCUGCCUCGUCUCCCUGCCCUUCUUCUCCUUCUACGUGCUCACCGACCUGGACCUCCACAACGUCACGCUGCCCUUCGACCCCUUCCCCGACCACCUGAUCUGCAUCGAGAAGUGGCCCAGCAACGGGCAGCGUCUGGCCUACACCACGUCGCUGCUGGUGCUGCAGUACGUCCUGCCGCUGGCGCUGGUCCUGCUGUGCUACGCGCGCAUCUUCCUGCGGCUGCACCGGCGCCGCGACAUGGUGGAGCGCGCGCGACGCGACGCGCGCCACAAGAAGGCCCGGGGCUCCAAGCGCGUCAACGUCAUGCUGGCCGCCAUCGUCGGGGCCUUCGCCGUCUGCUGGCUGCCGCUCACCGUCUUCAACACCGUCUUCGACUGGAACCACGAGGUCAUCCCGUCGUGCCACAACAACAGCAUCUUCUCCGCCUGCCACCUGGUGGCCAUGGCGUCCACCUGCGUCAACCCCAUCAUCUACGGCUUCCUCAACAACAACUUCCAGAAGGAGCUGAAGGCCUUGCUGUACCGCUGCCGCUGCUGGGGGGCGCCGGAGGACUACGAGAGCUUCCCCCUCUCCACCGUCAGCACGGGCAUCACCAAGGGCUCCAUCCUCAGCAACGGCUCCGUCAGCAUUAACGCCUGACAGGUCGCCCAGCCGCGGACGUAAAAGACGGAGAAGGGAGGCGGAGGAACAGGGAGCGCGCUGUCGCUGUGGUCAGUGGAAGAAGCUGCCUUCCUGAGCUGGAGCUGAUGGAUAUGAAUAUCAUACACGAUGCCAGGGCAAAGGGUCUAAACCAGUGUCUCCACAUGAUGCCAGGGCAAAGGGUCUAAACCAGUGUCUCCACAUGAUGCCAGGGCAAAGGGUCUAAACCAAUGUCUCCACAUGAUGCCAGGGCGUGGGUCUAAAUCAAUGUCUCCACUGGCACCUGGACAGCACAUGAGUUUGACUCACCCAUGAAGGGACACAUGCAGCACUUAUUCAUUUAAGGCUGAGGUCCUGCUCAAGGACCCUCAGUCAUAAUUGGUUGCUGACGGUCAUCAGACAGGUCAUAUGGCUUGGACUGGUCAUUUUGUUGAUCCAACGCAGCGUUGGUAGAACAGGUAAAUGUGUUUGUGUUUUGCCAGAGCAGCUGUGUAGUGUUCAAGCAUGAAUAGUGUUGCUGAAUGUGGUGGAAUAUACAUGCUGAAGCAGCCGUGGCUUUGAUAAGAGGACACGUGAGGAGUUUCUGGAAAUGUAACAAGAUGCUUUCAUGCUUUCCCAAAUUAAACUAGCAGCACAGUAUUCAUCCGAGAGUUACAUGCAAAAUUAUAUUUUACCGUGCUCAGAUAGGCACAUGACAUCAGGGUAGCGUCUUCUACUUCAGAGGAAUUCAAUUCGGCGUUGUGUUACUGCAAAUCAAGAGGCUCUUAUCUGAGAGGCAGUGUUAAUAUUAUGUAGUCAUGCUAAUGGUUUGUUUGAUAACUUGAUAUUUUAUGAUGUCUGAACCACUGUAAUAUACUACGAUGUCAUUUGUGGUGUUUGUGUGCCAUUGCCUUCUGAUUGAAAAAAAAAAAACAGGUUGUGUACUUCACUAUGGUAGCUUUAGUGAUACCACAUUUAUAUAUAAUGUAAUGUUGGCAUAUUUAGUUUUCUAUCUUUUAUUUCUGAGUCAUUCCAAAGACUUAAACUCAUUUUCUGUUGUUGGAAAAAAUGAAAAAAUCUGUGUUCAGGAGGUCACCAAAGACUGAUAGGGGAGCCUAGCC